UCUGCAUGAUCAUAGAAUUGCAAGCACUCUCAAACAUUUCUCUGACGGCAAAAGACCCCUUUCAAAAACAGCACUGUCUCUACAUCCAGGUGACCAUGGAGAAUGUAUCAGCAGUGACGUCCUUCAUACUGACGGCCUACACUGAACUGGAAGAUCACAGAUAUUUAUACUUCAUAUGUUUUCUUCUUUUAUACAUUAUGAUUAUAGUGGCCAAUGCAGUACUAAUAACAGUAAUAUACAUUGAGAGAGGUCUUCAUGAACCCAUGUACUUGUUUAUAUGUAGCUUAGCAGUGAAUGGAGUAUUUGGGAGCACAUCUUUAUUACCAUCUAUGCUUGUCUUUUUGUUGUCUCAUAGUUAUGAAAUAUCUCUGACCCAUUGUUUGUUACAGAUAUAUUGUUUAUAUUCAUAUGCUCAUGGUGAAUUUACUAUUUUAGCAGUGAUGAGCUAUGACCGGUAUGUUGCUAUUUGUCACCCGUUACACUAUCACCUCCUCAUGUCUCCUAAGAAGCUAUAUGCAGCUAUUACAUUAUCCUGGGUGAUUCCCUUCAUUUACUUUGCCCUUAUAUUCAUAAUGACUGUUCAGCUGACAUUUUGUGUCAGGAUUAUUGAAAAAGUGUAUUGUGCCAAUUUUCCUUUAGUUAAACUGUCUUGUUUUGAUACGAAUGUUCAGAAUAUUCUUGCCCUGGCAUCAACUUUUGUUUCACCUAUUUCUCAGAUCCUCAUGAUACUGUUUUCCUAUGGACAAAUAUUCAGAAUCUGCCUGUUUGCUUCUAAGGAAUCUCAGACCAAAGCUAUUCGAACAUGCACCCCACACUUACUAACUCUGAUUAACUUUUCUGUGGGAUGCUUAUUUGAGGCCAUCCAGAGUCGUUUCAACAUGAGUCAUGUCCCUCAUAAAGCUCGCAUAUUUCUGUCCCUACACAUGUUCUUAUUUCCCCCAUUGUUAAAUCCUGUCAUUUAUGGAAUUAGCAAUCAAGCCAUUAAAGUCCAUAUUUUCAAAUUGUUUAGUAGUAAAAAGAAGAGUGAACCCCACUCAAGAUGAUGAUGAAAAAAAUUUCAGUUUCUGUUAUUUAUAUUUUGUUCGUAAGGCUGUACCCUGUAUCACUUGGGUUGUCAAAUGCCAGAUUUUGGGCCAGAAUGUCCAGUUGUCUAAUUAUUUGUACAGGCCUGGUUUGCAGUCCCAACCUGACAUUAUAAAUACCUAGCUGAAAUUACUGAAACCUGACUGCUAGUAUGUGACCAAUUUCUUAAAUCUUCACUGUUACAUUUUUUCUCCAAUUAACCCCCUCCCAAACCCCGGUCAGUGAACUCAAACCUCACCUCUGUCUGCACAGACCACACCCACUUAGCUUUGACCCAACCAAUCAAACAAAACCAUUUAUAAUAUUAAGCACUAACAGUGACAGAAGUAUUUUUUUGUUUUUCUCAAAUUGGGUCACCCUCUUUGAAAAAAAAAAUAAUAAUAAACUGCACGCCUCAAACUUACACCUAGAAGGAGACAUUGUGAAUGAUGAGUGCACACGUGAUUUAUAUUCACUUAUUUUUUAACAUUUCACGUGCGGCUGCUCCAAAGACAUUUCCUCUGCCCACUAUUGGAAGACUCUCUCUGGGCGGCAGACUCUCUCUGGCUCCUUCUGGAGGUUGUGUCUGUGUGUGGAGCUGGAGACCGAGCCAAAUUAGUGUCUGCUACUUUCUGUUAUGUGAAUUUCGGUUUCUUUGGUUUUGGUCAGAGUAGGAACCUUGCUAUUAUUUGUUGUUUUUCUAAAAAUUAUUUUACCAUUUAAAAAAAAAAAAGUUCUUUUCAUGCCUUUAACGUUGCUAGUGUACUACAUUAUGCUUUGUUACAUUUUGGACAAAAAUGUGUUUCUGGU